CUGCGCCUCGGCAGCCUUCCUCCCGGACGGAGCCAGCCGGUGCGCCUCCCGCUCCACCUCCCGGCCGCGCAACUUUCCCCCUCUGCCGAGAGUGUGAUGUUGGACAUGGGCGAUAGGAAGGAAGUGAAAAUGCUGCCCAAGUCGUCCUUCAGCAUCAACAGCCUGGUGCCCGAAGCCGUCCAGAGUGACAACAACCACAGCCACCACCACAACAACAACCACCACCCGCACCACCAUCACCACCACCACCACCACCACCACCACCACCACCCCCAGCAGCAACCCCAGCGAGCCGCCCCGGCCGAGGAGGACGACGAGGAGGAGAAGAGCCAGCUCCUGCUGCCGCCGCCCGGGGUGGGCGUCGGCGUGGCGGGGGCUGCCGUGGGCUCCGGGGCGGCCGCCGCGACGGGUCCACUAGAGGUGGCCAAGGGGGAGCUCCUGGCCGGGAAGGGGGAUCCCGGCGUGGCCGCCGAGCUGGACGACAAGGAGAAGGGCCCGCCGGAGGAGAAGAAGGGGCCGUCGGAGGGCGCCAAGGAGGGCGGCGGCGGGGGCGACGGCGGGGGCAAGGAGGGCGAGAAGAAGAACGGCAAGUACGAGAAGCCGCCCUUCAGCUACAACGCGCUCAUCAUGAUGGCCAUCCGGCAGAGCCCGGAGAAGCGCCUCACCCUCAACGGCAUCUACGAGUUCAUCAUGAAGAACUUCCCCUACUACCGGGAGAACAAGCAGGGCUGGCAGAACUCCAUCCGCCACAACCUCUCGCUCAACAAGUGCUUCGUCAAGGUGCCCCGCCACUAUGACGACCCGGGCAAGGGCAACUACUGGAUGCUGGACCCGUCCAGCGACGACGUCUUCAUCGGCGGCACCACCGGCAAGCUGCGCCGCCGCUCCACCACCUCGCGGGCCAAGCUGGCCUUCAAGCGCGGCGCCCGCCUCACCUCCACCGGCCUGACCUUCAUGGACCGCGCGGGCUCCCUGUACUGGCCCAUGUCCCCCUUCCUGUCCCUCCACCACCCGCGGGCCAGCAGCACGCUGAGCUACAACGGGACCACGUCGGCCUACCCCAGCCACCCCAUGCCCUACAGCUCGGUCUUGACGCAGAACUCGCUGGGCAACAACCACUCCUUCUCCACCUCCAACGGCCUCAGCGUGGACAGGCUGGUCAACGGCGAGAUCCCCUACGCCACCCACCACCUCACCGCGGCCGCUCUGGCAGCCUCUGUGCCCUGCGGCUUGUCGGUGCCCUGCUCCGGCACCUACUCCCUCAACCCCUGCUCCGUCAACCUGCUGGCGGCCGGCCAGACCAGUUACUUUUUCCCCCACGUCCCGCACCCCUCCAUGACUUCUCAGAGCAGCACUUCGAUGACGGCCCGGGCCGCCUCCUCCUCCACCUCUCCGCAGGCGCCCUCCACUCUCCCGUGCGAGUCCCUAAGACCUUCCUUGCCCAGUUUUACCACGGGACUCUCGGGAGGCCUCUCUGAUUAUUUCACGCACCAGAAUCAGGGCUCUUCCUCCAACCCGUUAAUACAUUAA